AUGGAUGAAUGUGUUGUAGGUGGUGGAUUAUUGAUCGAUUAUAUGACGAGCCAAGGAGGAUCAUCAAGGAAAAGCAUGUCGUUGACCAGCUCAACGUCGCAGGUAAGAAGGAAAUCCGCCGCUGAGAAUGGAGGCGGCGGAGGAGCUGGCGAUUCCUCCUCAACUCACCGCAAGUCUAUUUCUACUUCUCGGUCUAUGGGACUUGCGGGCGAGCGGACAGUGAAGCGAUUGCGGCUGUCAAAAGCCUUGACAGUUCCUGAAACUACAAGUAUUAAUGAAGCUUGUCGUCGGAUGGCUGCUCGUAGAGUUGAUGCCUUAUUGCUGACUGAUUCAAAUGCAUUACUGUGUGGAAUCCUGACAGAUAAGGAUAUCGCUACAAGAGUUGUUGCUCGUGAGGUUAAUCUUGAAGAAACGCCUGUUUCCAAAGUCAUGACAAGAAAUCCGGUUUUUGUGCUUUCUGACACUCUUGCUGUGGAUGCCUUGCAAAAGAUGGUUCAAGGAAAAUUUAGACAUUUACCUGUUGUUGACAACGGGGAGGUUAUUGCUUUACUUGAUAUAGCAAAAUGUUUGUAUGAUGCUAUUGCUCGUAUGGAGAGGGCAGCUGAGAAGGGAAAGGCCAUUGCUGCUGCUGUGGAAGGUGUUGAGAAACACUGGGGUACAUCUGUUUCGGGUCCUAAUACAUUCGUUGAAACACUACGAGAGAGAAUGUUUAAGCCCUCUUUAUCUACAAUAAUUUCUGACAAUUCAAAGAUUGUUACAGUUGCUCCAAGUGAUACUGUUCUAGUGGCUGCACAAAAGAUGCUUGAAUUUCGAACAAGCUCAGCCAUUGUAACAGUAGAAAACAAGCCUAGGGGAAUUUUAACCUCAAAGGAUAUGUUGAUGCGAGUCAUAGCUCAAGAUCUUCCACCUGAGUCCACUUUGGUGGAGAAGGUGAUGACCCCAAAUCCAGAAUGUGCGACAGUUGAUACACCUAUUGUUGAUGCUCUUCAUACCAUGCAUGAUGGGAAAUUUUUACACCUUCCAGUCGUUGACAGAGAUGGAAUGGUUGUUGCUGUUGUUGACGUGCUUCAUAUAACUCAUGCUGCAGUAGCUACAGUUGGAAAUACUGCUGGAGUCAAUAGUGAGGCUGCAAAUACUAUGAUGCAAAGGUUCUGGGAUUCUGCCAUGGACCUAACUCCUGACAAUGAGGAAGAGACAAGAAGUGAAAAUUCCUUAAGGAUGGCUUCUGAAGGAGCAGAAACAGGUCGAUCUCUUUCAUAUUCUAUGUCUAGCGCUCCCAAUACUUUUGCUUUCAAGAUUCAAGACAAAAAGGGAAGAAUGCAUCGCUUUAAUUGUGAUACACAAAAUUUGACGGAUGUCGUAACUGCCAUUCUUCAGAGAGUAGGGGACGACAUUGAUCGUAACAACCUUCCACUGAUUCUGUACGAAGAUGAAGACCAUGACAAGGUAGUAGUUGCAUCAGAUAGUGAUCUUCAAGCAGCUGUAGACCAUGCGAAGCAAGCUGGUUGGAAGGGAUUGAGAUUGCAUUUAGAUUAUUCAGGGACCCCUCGUCGUCGGAGGGGUUCAAAUUCUGGAAGUCUUGAAUAUGCUCAAGCAGAUGCAUGGGCUUCUGCAUAUAGUGCUGUGGCAGCCGGGGCUGCGCUAGUUGCCGGUUUAGGCCCGGUUGAAUUGACUGGUGAUCAGGCCAAGAACUUGCCUACUGGGUUGGAUAAUGGAAAAAUCAGACCUUGCCCCUCAAUAAAUCCCGGCUGUGUAUCUACUAAUCCCAAGUCAUCGUCUUUUGCAUUUCCGUGGAGCAUACUGGAGAAUUCUUCAGAUAAUGCAAUUAAGAAAUUGCAAGAUGCAAUUCUUAAAACCCAGAAAAAUGUCAAGAUUCAGCUUGUUGAAGACACACCUAAUGGGCAGUAUCUGCAAGCUGAGGUGGAUGGAGGAUUUGGUCGAGACGUUCUUGAAUUUUUGGUGAAUGGAGAUGUAGUUGCAUAUCGAGCUAUGGCUACCAAAGUAACGUACAUAUACCCUUUCACAACAGCCUUGGGGGACUCAAAAGGUCAAGAAGAAAGAAUGACGAAGAUCGUGAACGAGUUAGGAUGGAAAGAAUUGCUGAUGCAUUUGCUGUGUCUGCCAUUAGAUGGGAUUGUGCACUUCCUCGAAGAUAUUCUUGGCCUUCUAUUAGCUGGUCGUAAGUUCAGAGAAAACUUCGCUAUCGCUGAGGAUUGGAAUCUUUUUUGCUCACUCAAAAAUAUCAGGUUUGCGGAGUCAAAUACGAGAAUAUCUAAAAUGGAAUGUAAUAAAGAUGAGGCUAUUAGAUGUAAAGCUAUCGCCGAGAAGAAAUUAGAUGAGGAGGACAUUGCUGAAGCCAAAAAAUUUGCUUUGAAGGCAGAAACUCUAUUUCCUACACUUGACGAGCUCUCUCAGCUCCUCAAGGUCAUUAAUUUCUAUGAUGGCUAUGAGAAGAAAAUAAAUGGAGUAGUAAACUGGUAUGGGAUUCUUGGUGUCAACCCCUUGGCUGACGUGGACACCUUGCGUAAAGCGCACAAAAGAAUGGCUCUGGCUCUUCACCCUGAUAAAAACAAGUCCUUCAGGGCCGAAGAAGCAUUCAAAAUUCUUACUCAAGCACGGAGCGUGCUGUUUGAUAAGGACAAAAAACUACAGUAUGAUCUUAAGCUGAAUUUCAGAGUUCACCAGAGGGUUUCAGUUGGAUAUCCUCCACUUCCAGUGGAUAGAAAUAUGGUUGGGAAUUUCACCAGCUGCUCGAGCUCACUGUCUGAAAGGAAUAUGGAAACUUCUGGCAAGGCCCAGAAUAUACCAACAUGCCCAAUGAAUCCGGCUACUACCAGGAGUUCACAUUACAAUCCUCCUCCACUCUGGCCAAGGUAUCAGUCAACAGCCAAUGGUGGACAACAUAUUCCCACUCAUCAAAAGACUCCAGAAACAGCCACCUGGUCUCAGUUUGUUCCCACUCCACCUCGGCACAUGACUCCAGAAGCUGCUGCCAAUUUUCUUUAUGUUCAUGUUCAAAAAGUUACUUCUGCUAGUGAGCAGUACACGAGCACGAAGGAGUUGUCUCAAUCUGAACUUCGUAUCAUGCUGAUGAGAAAGGCAAAGAAAGAAAUCCUUGAGAAGCUAAACCAGUGGAGCAUUGGUGCUGAACUUGAAUCUGCAAAUGAGAAGGGCAUGAAGAUGGAAAAGGAGCAGACAUCAGCCGUUAAUGAUUUGAAGAUUCAUAAAAAUAAAGGUGCUUCUUUACUUUGUUCCAGCAAGACAGCCCAGCCUCAGAACUCUUCCAUGUGUGAUGGCACUGGUGAGUUAAAUGAAAAUGUUGAAGAAACCGUGUCGAUGAGCGUGCCAGAUGCAAAUUUUUGCAAUUUUGACAAGGACAGAGUAGAGGCAUCUUUUUCUAAAAACCAAGUUUGGGCUCUAUAUGACGACGAUGAUGGCAUGCCACGUUACUAUGCACUCAUCCAUGAUGUCAUGUCUAGAGAGCCAUUCAAGAUGGAGAUUAGUUGGCUGAACUCAAAAAGCACUGCUGAAUUUGGCCCCCUCAACUGGGUAUCUUCUGGCUUUGCCAAAACUAGCGGUUAUUUCAGAGUUGGAAAGCCUGUAGUUAAUAAGAAUUUGAGUUCUUUCUCGCAUCAGGUUAAGUGGAGAAAAGGUGCUAGAGGGGCAAUCCAGAUUUUUCCAGCAAAAGGAGAUGUCUGGGCUUUGUAUAGGAACUGGUCCGUGGAUUGGAAUGAAUUCACUGAAGAUGACGUGAUACAUAAAUACGACGUCGUGGUGAUUGUUGAAGAUUACAUUGAAGACAAUGGUGUCGUUGUCUCUCCUUUGAUAAAAGUUGCUGGCUUCACGUCAGUUUUUUGCCAGCAUUUGGACCCAAUGGAAUUCCGUACAGUUCCAAGAGAAGAGAUGUUUCGAUUCUCUCAUCAGGUCCCGUCAUACGUGCUGACUGGUCUUGAAGCUCAAAAUGUUCCAAAAGGUAGCUGGGAUCUGGAUCCUGCUUCUCUCCCUUUGGAACUUCUUCAACCCGAAACAGAAUCCAAGGCACUGACAGAUACUGAGAAUCCAUUGAAAUGUAAACAGUUGGAUGGAAGCAGUGAGGAAAAGAACGAAUCAAGCAGCAAGGUUAACGCAAAUACAGAGGAUGGUGGAGCUUCUGAAAAUGCCAAGCGUGGUUUCGAGAAACCAUUUUUGACAUAUACAAGAAGAGGCAAGAAAAUGAAGAUGGUCGGAGAUACUGAUCGUGCUAAGUAG